AUGCUGCGAAACCCGCGGUCCGAUCUUCCUUCCGGGGGCGCGGGCCGGCAAAUCCUCCGUCAGGGGAAAUCUGCAGGAUUCCGAGGGCCUGCGCUGAAGGAGGCGCGGCAGGACCAAGGCCGAGGGGCAGGCGCGGCGCGCUCGGAUUGGAUCUCGAGGACGCUGCCAUUUUUUACGAAGUCAAAAUCAGAAAUAGGUCUUAGGUUGUCAGAUAUGAUCAAAGGUAAGAUAGAUCUUGGCACGGAACUUGUCCUAUAUGGUGGAUUUACCCGCACCGUCGAUACGAGAUAUGGAGCAGGUGCCUCAGGCCACACCUGGAAUGAACCCGCCCCCGGAAAAAGAACGACCACCCGCCAAGAACGACCCCCCAAGAACGACCACCCACCAAGCGACACCGCCAUAACCACCACCCGCAAGAACGACCACCCAAGAACGCACCUACCCCUAAGGACUACGCCGCCAAACCAUCUAAGAAACGCCACGUCCCACCACCCCCAGAAGAAACACGACGCAAAACCCCCUCCCCACCCCCAAGACGACCACCCCCAGACCCGCCCCAAGAACGACACCCCAAGAACAGAACGACCGCCCCAAGAACGACCACCCCCUAGAACGACCGCCCCCAGAACGACGCACCCCAAGAAACGACCACCCCCAAAAACACCCGCCCCAAGAACCGACCACCCCCUAGAACGACCGCCCCCAAGAACGACCACCCCCUAG